AGAAGCACUGAAGCCUCCUCACCAGCUCCAAGUCCAUCAAGGCUGAGGUGGACCUCCGUGGACUUCUGGUGGAACCAUGACCUGGAAGACAAUAGCCAACCACUGCAUUCCGGUCCCUAGGCUUUCCGAAGCUGCACCAUGAAGAGGCAAAACGUUAGGACCUUGGCUCUGAUCAUAUGCACCUUCACCUACCUGCUGGUGGGAGCCGCUGUCUUUGAUGCCCUGGAGUCGGAUGAAGAGACCACAGAGAAGAAGAAGCUGGAGAAGAAAAGAGAGGAGCUGCAGAACAAAUACAACCUGAGCGAGGAGAAUUUCCGGGAGCUGGAAUGGGUGGUUUUAAAACUUAAACCUCAUAAAGCGGGGGUGCAGUGGACAUUUGCAGGCUCCUUCUACUUUGCCAUCACUGUGAUCACCACCAUAGGAUAUGGACAUGCCGCCCCGAGCACGGACGGUGGGAAGGUCUUCUGCAUGUUUUACGCUCUCCUGGGAAUCCCACUGACGCUGGUCAUGUUCCAGAGCUUGGGCGAGAGGAUCAACACCCUUGUCAAGUAUCUUCUCCAUCGCAUUAAGAAGUGCCUUGGCAUGAGACGGACUGAAGUAUCCAUGGCCAACAUGGUCAUCAUCGGGUUCUUCUCGUGCAUAAGCACCUUGUGCAUAGGAGCCGCUGCUUUUUCGUACUAUGAGCAAUGGAGCUUUUUCCAUGCCUAUUACUACUGCUUCAUCACUUUGACCACCAUCGGGUUCGGUGACUACGUCGCCCUCCAGAAGGACGCGGCUCUCCAAACGAAGCCGCAGUACGUUGCCUUUAGCUUUGUGUACAUAUUGACGGGCCUCACGGUCAUAGGGGCUUUUCUGAACCUGGUGGUUCUACGCUUCAUGACGAUGAACGCCGAAGACGAAAAGAGAGAUGCUGAACAUCGAGCUCUGCUUACCAGGAACGGGCACUCUAGUAUCCACAUGAACGACGCCAGCUCGGCGACGGGUGGCUUUCGUAACGUAUACGCCGAGGUUCUUCACUUUCAGUCCAUGUGCUCUUGCUUGUGGUACAAAAGCAGGGAAAAAUUACAAUACUCCAUCCCCAUGAUAAUACCGCGGGACCUGUCCACCUCGGAUACCUGCGUCGAGCAGAACCACCCCUCUCCGGGUAGAUAUAUGGGCACCUCUCCCAACGGAUGUAUAUGUAACAGCCAACAUUCAGCCAUCAGCUCGGUGUCUACGGGACUUCAUAGUCUCUCGGCCUUCAGAGGACUCAUGAAACGUCGGAGCUCUGUCUGAUCAAGGCGAAAGACAACAAAAUUGUCCAAAAUUGGAGACUUUGGUACCGAUCCACUGACGUCAAAGUGUUAUAUUAACAAAACUACUGUAUAUAUAUGAAUAGUUUGUGUGGGAACGUUCCACAAAGACUGCAUAUCAUUGCGUAUGACCCAUGAUUUAUAUGUCUAUGUACUCUUCUUCUUCAAAGGCUUUAACCAAAUGUGUUAAAUAGAGGAUACCGCUAUUGUCGUGCUUUACAGAUGGUCUGCCGUAGCACGCCGCGUAAAAAAAAAACAAAAAACUGAAUUUUCCAUAUUUCUAGCGUUGAGUUUUGGGGCUUUUCAGGAGGAACAUCUUCAGGGACCCUUUACCCAGGCCCCGUCAUAGCAUGAAUAGCGAUAACGUCAUAUCAAGAUGUUCGAUAUUAUGCAAAUAAUCACUGAAUUCCAGUGCUAAUUUAUUUUUCUAUUAUAAAUUGUUUUCAUAGCGAA